AUAAUUUUAGUUUUACUUAUAGUUAUUUUAAUGAUGAUUUUUAUUGUUCAAAGAAUCGCUUUUAUUACUCUAUAUGAGCGUCAUUUAUUGGGAAGAAGACAAAAUCGUCUAGGGCCCACCAAGGUUACAUUUAUGGGAUUAGCACAAGCUUUAUUGGAUGGGGUUAAACUUUUAAAAAAAGAACAAAUAACACCCUUAAAUUCCUCUGAAGUAUCAUUUUUACUUGUACCAGGAAUUUCUUUUGUUGUAAUAUAUUUAGAAUGAUUUACGUUACCAUAUUUUUUUGAUUUUAUUAGUUUUGAGUAUUCAGUUUUAUUUUUUUUAUGUUUAAUUGGAUUUUCUGUUUAUACAACUUUAAUUAGCGGUAUCGUAAGAAAAUCAAAAUAUGGUAUAAUUGGGGCCAUCCGUGCUAGAAGACAAAGAAUUUCUUAUGAAAUUGCUUUUUCUUUAUAUGUUUUGUGUAUUAUUAUUCAUAAUAAUGUUUUUAAUUUUGUUUCAAAAUUUAAUUUGAGACUUUUAAUUAUUUACAUCCCAUUUUUAAUUAUAGUAAUUGCUGAACUUAACCGGGCGCCAUUUGAUUUUUCUGAAGGUGAAAGGGAGUUAGUUAGAGGAUUUAAUGUGGAGUUUGCCAGAGUAGCUUUUGUUUUAUUAUUUUUAAGGGAAUAUGGAAGAUUAAUUUUUUUUAGGGUACUUUCUUCUGCUAUAUUUUUUAAAUUUUCAAUUUUUAUAGCAUUUAGUAUUUUUUCAUUAUUAAUUUUUAUUCGUAGUUCAUACCCUCGUUAUCGUUAUGAUUUAAUAAUAAGUUUAUUUUGAUUUAAACUUUUACCAAUCUCUUUAAUUAUAUUGUGUUUUUACGCAGUUAUUUUUUAUUAUUAA